AUACAGUCCAAGCGCUCGCUCCGCUCUCCGCCCAUGCGCAUUGGCUGCUGCCUGGGCAAUUUGUCAGUACUCGUGAGAGAAUUUGGAAUUCAGCAGUACCCUCAACAUGAUGGAAGAGUUAGCAAGUGGGGGUGCCCAGGAAUUUGAUGUCUAUGGUGCCAUGGACUGGAAAGAUGGAGUUGGGACUCUUCCAGGCAGUGAGCUGAAGUUCCGAGUGAAUGAGUUUGGCGUUUUGGAGGUGAUUACUGAUGAAGCUGAAGUGGAAAGUGGAAAAAAGGCUCAUGCCACAACAACAUGGGCAGUGCCCACCGCACAAGAAGCUUUUUCAGAAACCCAAGCUACACCAUUUAAAGAAGAGGCGACAACAACCACUAAGGGAGAGCUUUGUUGUGAGCACUGUCAUGAGUGUGGCCCUCCACAGGAUUUUCUUGGUGGUGGAAAAUUUUGUAGUGAAAAGUGUAUGAAGUUGGUACAAGAAAUCUCUAGAGAACAGAAGCUGAAGAAAGAAGCACCAAAAUCCAGUGAGGAGGAUGUCUCGAAAUGCAUCCGAAAAAGAAAAAACAAAGCGUCUGAGAACAUGAAAGAACAGCAAAAAGAGAACGGAGACGAGGCGGGAGAAGAGGAAGAUGACCCUUACGAAAAGCCAGACAGGAAAAUACAGAAAGGACCUCAAAGGACUCGCAGAAAAAGAAGAGGGGAUGCUGCCCUGCUGAAGCAAACAAUGCCUUAUGGGGGGAAGAAGAAAUCAUGGAGUUGGGCAUCAUAUCUGGAACAGGAAAAAGCAAUUGCUGCACCAAGCAAACUAUUUAAAGAGCACCAGUCCUUUCCGCACAGCAAAACUGGAUUCAAAGUAGGAAUGAAAUUGGAAGGAGUGGACCCUGAACACCCUUCAAUGUACUGUGUUCUUACUGUUGCUGAGGUAUUGGGCCACAGAAUAAGACUUCAUUUUGACAAUUAUUCAGAUUGCUAUGACUUUUGGAUAAAUGCAAACUCUGCAGAUAUCCAUCCAGUAAGCUGGUGUGAAAAAACUGGACACAAACUUCACCCACCGAAAGGGGUCAAAGAAGAUGAAUUUAACUGGCAGUCAUACCUGAAGCUAUGCAAGGCUCAGGCAGCACCCAAAUCUCUGUUUGAAAACCGAAACACAACUGUUACCCCUUCAGGUAUUCGGAUAGGAAUGAAGUUCGAAGCAAUUGAUAAGAAGAACCCCACUUUUAUCUGUGUUGCCACAGUAACUGACAUGGUCGACAGUCGCUUUCUGGUGCACUUUGAUAAUUGGGAUGAGAGCUACGACUACUGGUGUGAUGCAACAAGUCCCUAUAUUCACCCCAUUGGCUGGUGUAAACAACAUGGCAAAGUCCUCACUACUCCUCCAGAUUACCCAAAUGUUAAACAUUUUAGCUGGGAAACAUAUUUGGAAGAAACCAAUUCAUUACCUGCCCCUGCAAGAGCUUUUAAAAUGAAACCACCUCAUGGUUUUCAGAAAAAUAUGAAGUUAGAGGCUGUUGACAAAAGGAACCCUGUGCUUAUUAGAGUUGUGACAAUCGUAGAUACAGAUGAUCACAGAAUGAAGAUCCAUUUUGAUGGCUGGUGUGAUGAGUAUGAUUACUGGGUUGAUACAGACAGCCCUGACAUUCACCCAGCUGGCUGGUGUGCUAAAAUAGGCCAUCCCCUUCAGCCACCUAUCAGUCCACAGGAUAUGUUUGAAGCCUCAGAACAAGGAGGAUGUCCUACUCCAGGAUGUAAAGGGGUUGGACACAUAAAAGGAGCCAGAUACUCAGGUCACCACAGUGCUGUCGGCUGCCCUUAUUCUGACAUCAAUAUCAACAAGGACUCUGUGCUUCCAGACCGCCUCAGUGGAGAAAUGCCUCUGUCCAGUCCAGCCAUGCCAAAGAACAAAAAAGGAGAAGUAAACGGUGUACCAACACCCCCCUUACUUGAAAAACACUCAAAUUCAAAUAACUGCAGGUAUCCUUUAGCUGCCAAUCGCUCUGCAGAGAGUUCUGGAACAGAAAAGAUUCCUCCAGAGGAAAUAGACAGCGAGCCACCACACAAGAAACCUCUCCUAUGUAAUAACAAGGGAAAGAAACAUAACAGAGUUGGACGUCCAUGUAAACAACGGAAAGUAGAGGAGUUGGAGGAAGAGGAGGAGAUAGAUAGUGAGGUGUCUUCAAUUACUGAAGCCAAAGAAACAGAAGAGCUCACUUUGCAGCAAGCCCUGCACCAGUCAGUGUUCAUGCCUUCCACGUCUCCAUUACCCAGUCUACCUCUGUGCUGGGAGCAACACAGCAAACUCCUUCCCAGUGUGCCUGGUAUAACUGCCAGCAAAGUGGCCCAAUGGACUGUACAAGAGGUUUCAGAAUUCAUCCAAGGUUUACCAGGGUGCAAUGAGCAGGUCAUAACAUUCCGAGAGCAGCAAAUUGACGGAGAGGCAUUUCUGCUGCUCACCCAGGUGGAUCUUGUGAAGAUAAUGAGCAUUAAACUGGGACCUGCCUUGAAAAUCUACAAUUCUAUUCUGAUGUUCAAAUCUGCAGAGAACUCCUACAAUGAACUGUAAGCACUUGAGGGGAGAGGAGGACAGACAUUUUUGCACUUAAGCUCAAAUAAAGCUAUUGUUUAAAUCCAAGCACAAAUGUUUGCGUGAAUGACCAAGAUGGGCCUGUAAAGUUCUGACAGGGAUUCAAUAAUGUACCUCAUGUCUAGUGCAGUGUUCCAUGGCUGGAACGUCUCCAAGACGCACAGAGUGUCAGUGUCUGCUACACUAUAAUGCAUUCAUUUUGCCCUCUUUCUACUACUCUGGUUAGCACCCUGUAUUUCCCAUGGUGCCCUUGCACUACACACCAAAUUUCACUGUCUCAUGGUGGUAUGAUACUACCGCGUGUUGAACCUCCCUCCUUUUUUAAAAGCCAACUUCAGUAUGUGUUUUGUUUACAGGAAAAUUCCAAACCAUAAUAAAGUUACUUGUGUUUUAAGUAGCUGAAAUUAGCACCCUAUGCAAUUAACUAGUCUGCUCAUAAUGGUUUUAAAUCAGUGAAAACCAAAGUUAAUUAUCAGUUUAUUUCAGUAAUAUUUAUUUCAGUUGUUAAAAAAAAAACCAUAAAAUGUAAUAUUACAGUGUUUUUAUUAUAAAAAAAACAGAAGCUUCAAACUGUGUUGUUUGUAUUACUAUUGUUUAAAGUUAAAGCUUGUGCUUUUACAGUAAAUAAAGUUUGCCUGUUAUGUGAGUAUCCUUUUGCUGAGCAUGUUAGGAAAAUGUUCGUGCUCAGGAUUCUGAAAGUAGUAUUUUCACAGCUGGAAGGACGAUUUAAUUGAAUACAUCCAUGGAAAUUGGAUAAUGCAUUUGUGACAGUUUAGCAUCACGGCCAAGCUGUUAUCGGCAGGAAGAGCGCCACAGAACACAGAAAGCUGCAGUUUCAGCGCAAAUGCGCACGUUUAAUAAACAAAGACAGUGGAUGAAACAAAAGACAUUAACAAAACAAAAGGCACAAAACAGCUAUACAAAACUCAGGGAUGGACAUAAACACAACACAGCAACACAGCACAUGGACCUCCACCUCUACCACCAACAUUAAUUCCCUAAACUCAUACUAAACUAACACCCGUGGUCACCCUUUUUAUACACCUGUGGCUGGCGCCUAAUUAAUAAUUUAAUCAUUCCAGACACAUCCCCACGUGUUUUCGCAAGGAGGAAUUUAACCCCCUCCCUGCCACCCAAUAUCCCCCACACAAACACACACCCAUGCACUGGCAAGGCUUUCACCCUGCCACGCUGCCACAACAUUUUAAACAUUAUCAGGUUUUGAUGAAUUUUAAAUAAAGCUGUGCGUGGGGAAGGCACUUUUAAGCUCAUGGGAGUUGAGCAAUUUUGAUUUCACAAAUAGAAUCUUGCAGUGUUUGGUAACAGUUUUUUUUUCUUACUGUUUGUGUGAGAAGCUGUAAGGUACAAAAGCAAUAGGCUGGCAGCUUGCAGGGAUACAUAUUCAACAUUAAUCCAAAAGUCAGAAUAAUUCAAAAGGAUUAAGGAGAAAGCAUUCCAAAACCCCUUGAGUACUAUCAACUCAUAUUUUUCCAUUUGCAGUAUCAUCAGUGGCACAGAUGUAGAAUGGUGCAUGUUUUCACACUGAGGUGAAAUAGAGCUACCGGGAUCCCACCUGUCUUCAAGUCCUGCCAUGGCAGACAAAUGCAUUUUCCCUAUAGAAGGGCUAUGCUCUAGCUUUUGGGUUUAGUUUGUUAACAGUGAGCAACAUUGUUUGUAUAUUUUGUACAGUCAUUAUUUAUUCAAUAAUGUCACUAUCAUGCUUAGAAGAAAAAGGCUCAGCAACAUGUAGACUUUUGGCAUGCUUAUACUGAUGGUGAGCGGCAAACUUUAUAUUGGGAUUUUGUUUCCCAUCUCAUUAAAAUGAAGCUAUCUUCACAACAGUACUGCCUUUAUUUUUAGACAUACAGUACACAUGUAUACUACAGUUCAUUUUUGAUAUGUGUAUUGUAGAUCGUGGUGAUACUAAUAUCCCUAAAUAGUGUGUUUACAGCUGUAUGUAUGCUACUUACAUAUAUGUACCUAGGGAACUCUGCUAUGUGGUUAAUUAGCAAAUGUAUACUUUUCUUUAAAAUUGUAAAGCCAAUGUAAGAUAUUUAUUGUACUGUAUGUGAGAGGGAUCACCACAGAAAUUAAGUUCCUUGUAAAUUUGCUGAAUUGAGAAGUGUGCCAUGUUAAAAGGGUGUUUAACCUCAAACUGUUGAAUCAAGGCAUUAAGCAUCUGGCACUAUUUUACAAUGAGGGGUUUGGUACGACAUGAAAUACAAUAUGAAAUGGUAAAAACUUGCACUGUUUAUAUACUUUUGUAUAUACUUUUGUAUGUUUAUAUCUUUGCAUGGUGUUAUUGCAAAAAAAAUGUAUUUAGAAAAUUGCAUGACCACAGGGCUUACUAUUGAAUCAACAAAUGAAAUAAUAAAAACAUUAUAUUACA